AUGGAUGUGUCAUUGUCAUUUGUCAGAGACUUUUCUGGAGGAGUUUUCACUGAAAAAGGAAUCGGCGAUGAACGGUGCAGAUGGCGAGGCAGAGGGGACAGAAGCAUGGUGGUUCACAUUCCUCUAUCUAAUGGCUCUGAAUGUGGUCUCAGAGCUAACGAGAGUGGCGGUGAAUAUAAUCUUAAACUCAUAAUUAGCCCAGUGGAUGGAAUAUUAGUGGAUGGUUUUACUGCCAUGAGCGUUCGAUGUGUGUACAGUACAGAAGACAUCACAUUGACGUUACCACCUGGGCCAAAUGGGGCUCGAGCUUUGCAAAUAAAAUGGCGAGGCAGAGGCGACAGGAGCAUGGUGGUUCACAUUCCUCUUUCAAAUGGCUCUGAAUGUGGUCUCAGAGCUAAUGAGAGUGGCGGUGAAUACAACCUGAAACUUAUAAUCAGCCCAGUGGAUGGAAUACUAGUGGAUGGUUUCACUGCUAUGAGCGUUCGAUGUGUGUACAGUACUCAGGACAUCACACUGACUUUACCACCUGGGCCAAAUGGGGCUCGAGCGUUGCAGAUCAAGUAAGU